AUGACCCGUGUCGGGGUCCUCGUCUCGGCGUUCCUGCUCUUCGCAGUCACCUUGGUGGCUGCAGAAGAGCAACACACCGCAACCUCCGACGAGUUUUUCAAGGAGACUGUGGACAAGGGGCUCAUCGACGGGGUGCGCGUGAGAUACAUCCCCGGGAACGCGCCCGAACUCGUGAUGUUCGACAUGACCGGAAAGGAAAAAGAGCGGAUAAAUUUGGAGAAGAUGAGCGUGACGGAGAUCAAGAUGUUGCUCGCCUCGCACGGGUUCGCCGAGCGCGCGAGGAAGGUUGAGUUGUAG